CAGGAGGAAGUGCUGUGAUGGAUUCAGGUUUGUGAUGGGCCAGUGCAUUCCUGAAAGUGUUGAUGUGUGCGCGGCGUCACCGUGUGAGCAGCAGUGUACUGAUAACUUUGGUCGCGUCGUCUGUACAUGUUACCCUGGUUAUCGCUUCGACAGGGAAAGACACCGUACCCACAAGUCUCCCUACUGCCUGGACAUCAACGAGUGCGAGGCGUAUGGUAAAAGUCAAUGCGACCAUGAAUGUGUGAACACAGUCGGGAGCUUUCAGUGCCGCUGCCACACCGGGUACAUCCUGGCUCCAGACCAGCGCUCCUGCAUCCCAGUGCGGAACCUAAGCUCCUCGGGAAAGUCCGACACCUUGAUGAGCGCUGGUUCCUGCUCGUUCACCUGUCAGGACUUCAUGAACAUGAAAAGCAGCCUGUUUCAGCUCAAGCUGCGGCUUGGAAACACACAGUCACACAACCAGGUGUCUGGUUUGGCUAACAGCAGCGACAAACCGGCUCGAGGGGGGAAAAGCACGGACACCGCCUGUCUGCCUGGAUUACCUGGCCCUCCAGGGGCUCCUGGUCUCCCAGGACAUCCAGGAGAACCAGGAAGCCAUGGCAAGCCUGGGGAGAGGGGUCCGCCUGGUCCAAGGGGUCCGAGGGGAGACAUGGGGCCUAUGGGACCAGAACCAGACCUCAGGCACAUCAAGAGAGGCCGCAGGGGUCCAGUGGGACCACCUGGGGCGCCAGGAAGAGACGGAUUAAAGGGUGACCGUGGCGCUCCAGGACCGAGUGGCCCACCUGGACCACCCGGCUCCUUUGACUUCCUUCUGCUGAUGAUGGCUGACAUCAGGAACGACAUCAUUGAGCUUCAGGAGAAGGUGUUUGGUGAACGGAGGGGAAUCUCUCUGGACAAUCCUCCUCAUUCCAGUGUGGAAGAAGACUUUGUAGAAUGGGCCUCUGGACAAGGAGAUUUUAAAACCUGACCCUUACAUCAGCAUUCACAGACUCCAGGCUAGCAGAGCUAACCAGUGCCUACCUUUGAGCUCUGUUUUAAAAUCAACACCUGAACUUGUCAGUUAAACCUUAGCUCACAGCCGGGCUGAACUGAACGGAGCCAUGAGUCUUGGUGGAACUUUACUCACUUCGAACUGUGAGACUGAGAGAAAACAGACAUUUAAAAUCUCUCUCUUACACCGUUUGACUGGCUUUCAUUGCUGUGGGUGUGAUCCAGCCCUGUGCGUGCAGAACAUCAUGUGAGAAAGAUACAACAUGAGCCCUUCUGUCUGAGCUUCUGAGCUCUGCCUUUGAGCUGAACCACUUCAAACGAUAGAUUUUAUCGUCUACAUCUCUUCCCCUUCCUGUGUCCGUCCAUAGAAGCUCUGCUUUGCCACUGAUGGAUUGCCUGCAGGGGAAUUAGUUACAAAAAAAGAAAAGAAAACAAAUCAGAACCUGCACUGUUUGCCUUUCCUGCACCUGCCUGCAGUGUCCAGCACUGAGGUUGGACCCACAGCCAAUCUGGGAUAAAAGUCAGAUAAUAUUUCAUGAGAUUGCUGUCGGGUCAUAAUUGUUCAUUAGAUAAUUACAGCUUCAUUUGUGCUCAGAAAAAGGAUGUAGAAACUAAAAACUGUUGGCAUCUGUUGCUUUAACAAUAUGAAAAGAUGCAAAAAUUAAAUACAGAAGAUUGUCACUGACAUGGUUUCACCUGAAAAACAUACAAAGGAAUGAUUUUAAUGACACUUUUAUAUUCAUCAUUUUAUUUAAAUUUGUAAACAUUUCACUCAUGUAAACAGGUAUACAUUAAAUUUCAUAGAAAUCAAUUUUUAUUUUUUUUAUUCAAACAGUUUCAAGUUAAGAGCUCAUUUCACUUUA